GUCUGCCUGCUCCUGAACGUGUCUAUGUAGCUCUAUUACGUGUUUUUAAUUGUUUGUGAGAGCAUGUGUUCUUAAUCACUCUACCUGAGGACUCUAAUUCAGCGGUGAGGUGACCACCUUCAGCUCAGGUGUGUAACAUACAUACAGUGUGUGUGUGUGUGUGUGUGUGUGUGUGUGUGUGUGUGUGUGUGUGUCAAAAUGAUUGUAGGAGAUUGUAACUUUCUCUAGACAAUAUCUUGCAUUGUUUUGCAAAUGAACCAGAAUCGGGAUUGCUGAUUAGGGUUGUGGCAUACAGUACAUGAAAAUGUGUGUAGGCAUCUUGGUGAGUUAUCUAACUAUCUGGAUGGUGCUUUUAUUUUUCUGCAAAAUUGUGGCCUGUAAUUUGCAUACAUCUUGAUAUCUUCUUGUUCUACUUAAAACGGAAUAAGUAAGACCGUAAUUACUGAAUGAAACAAAACCAAGUACGUCUUCAUUUUGAUUCGAUGCUAUUUGUCAGCAGUGCAAAAAUCUAAAGUGUGGGUUUGAUUGAAUUUUACACAAAGUGGUGGAGCAAUCAAUGACUGUUAGCAUUUGGAAAGUCAACCUCUAUGGUCUUGUUAUCGUUCAAUUGACCAUGUACUCAAUCUUUUCAAUCAACAAUGAUCAUUGUUGGAUUACAGUCAGUAUUCUGAAUCCUGUGUUUUCUGUUCUUCCUCUAUGUUUUCUCCUUGGCAGUCCAUUAGCGUUUCAGUGACAUGAGGACAUGCUUCCAAAUAGCACCUCCAACAAAGUGUUCAUUCUGAGACAAAAUCCCACAGGAACAAUUAUUGAAAAAUGAUGUUCAAAUAGUUUCUGGAGGAAAUUGCAAUGCUGUUUCUCAACGGAAAAACGUGUGAAUGCUGGCAGGCUUGUGAAAGAAAGAAAACGACGGUGCCAAUAAUAUCACAGGAGACCCUAAACUCACACUGUGGCUAUUUCCUACAGAUACACCAUAGAGACAAUCAGUCAUUUACAGUUGUGAUAGAGCAACAUUUAGCUAAGGAGACUAUUGCAGUGAGAACAGGAGCGGGGUGAAGUACAGGUCAAAGUGUUUAUGAUUCCUGUGAGCUGAAAUAUAAUUUGAUUCAGCAGUUGAGCACAAAACACUUAUGUUAUAACCAAAGGAGAAAGGGGACAGAAGGUAGGUCUUAUUAAUGAAGAGAGCUGCACUCAAGUCUCUAUUUAAAGCAGGUAUCAGAGUGCAUCUUGUGGAUGGUCUAUUGAAGUCAGACCUGAAUCUGAUUGAUGAAGAGCCAGGGCCAGGAUGAGACAUGCUGCCUGCUGUUAGUAUGUGUCAUCUGCUCUAGCUGUUAUACACUCAGAUCUCGCUGCCAUUUUCUGUCAACAAACUGACAUAAGGCACAUGGAAAAUGUAUCUUCAGAAAGGAGAACAGGUGAGAAAUGGAAGGAUCUCAAUGUCAUAAUGUAGAUUUUGUGUCAGAAAGGCCAGUACAUGUUACAUUUGGCGUAGUUGGUCAGGUUUUUGUGAGCGUGGGAAACAAAUCCAUACAAUGAAUUUGUUGGGGUUGUAUAACAUUCUUGUCAACACAGACAGCGUAGCUGAUAAUUGACAUGGAAUCCAGAGCGUCAAGGACAAUGGACUGUGGCUAUUAAAUGUGGCAUGGGGAGAAAACCCUCCUUAUAUGGAAUUAAAACUCCUCUCGGGUUUCCCGUUCAAAGCAGGGCCCAUGUUGGCUCUCAUUAGCAGUUCACAGAGCUCCAUUAGGCUGUAGCAGGAACAGAGAAGGGCCCAGUUGGUGCCCACAGCCACAUUCACAACGGAAUCUCAGAAUGACAAUUGGGAGAUUACUGUGAAGGAUAUGAAAACUCCAGCCAAGGGUAAGGCUGAAAAGUAUAGCUCCCGGCCCCUCGCUCUUAGUUUGCUCCAUUCCAGGAAGAGCUGGAAAGGUCAACUUGCCACUGCAUAGAAAAGUGAGGACAGCGCCUUCAUCUGGAUAAGACAUUUAGAUGGACCUGGAUAGGGUUGAGUCGGCCGACUACCAAGUGGAUAUCAAAAAUGUAAGUUCAAGUGCUGUGUGGCGGCAAUGCAAAUGUGAUAUACCUGAGUCACUGCAUACUCUAGCCAUCUAAAUGGUUUAGCAGACCACUGUAAGUAAAGAGACCACGCUCACAUGUCACAUAGGUAACUAAAAGCAACACGAUACAAACACAGUUGGAGGAGCAGGUUUAUGCAGUAAGCUUAGAUGCAGUAUCACUGCACUGAUCUCAAGAAGACAUAAUGGUCAGUUAUUAUUCUAACAGAAGUUAGGUGUCAGUGUGUAUGAUGGCCCUGAGAGAGAGAGGUGGCACUGGAGUGGUGGGUUUUGCUGUAAAUGUCCAGUAUUAAAGAUUCACACAACAGUGUAAAUUAUUGCGUGAGUGUCUGUUGCCUGUUGAGCAGAUCAGGUUUCUCUCAGUUUGAUCUUUGGGGGAGUUGGAGGAGUAUUUUUGCGUUACUGACUAACUCCUGACUAAAAGCACACUUCAUUUUGGUAGACUGAGUAAGCAAAGCCCCACUUCUGAGUUCUGGAACUACUGAGACAUAGAGCUGAGUAACGUGGGGAAAGAGAUCUAGGCUGAUACAAGGUUUUGUUGGCAUCAACAGUUGUAGGUGUCUCUCUCCAGGACCAACACUUGUCCUGGAAUGCCAUCAUGUCCGGCUGAUUUAUAACUGGGACACCUGGUUAAGUGUCCUUUAUCAAAACGAUGACAGCAGAAUAAGAGUUAUGAGCCAAGAUGUAAUGACCCUGCAGGCCUCCAUGGUGGAAUUUCUCACUCCUGUUCUGUAACCUUUGGAGACCCCUUUGUGGCCAUAAUCACGUUUGCCUUAUGGUAGAGAUUUAUGUCAUGCCAAAGAUAGAUGUCCCUACAUUCGAGUGUAUCGGCACAAGGUAACCCCCUACAGCCUAAAGAGGAAUCUUCUGUGCUCGGUUUCAGAUCCCGUUUGCACCAUGCCUCUGAGAGACUCAGUCACCCUGCUGCUCUGGAGUUGCUGUGUACUACUGCUCAUCCACCAAUGUGAGACUCAAGGUAAGGCAUUUGCUGCAUGUCAAUGGGUGCCUUCAAAUAGUCAAUGGCUCAAGGCUAGCCAGUAGCCACCCACUACAGAAGUACAUGUAUACCGGUGUGUACUUAUUAUAGUACAUAUAUGUACUACUAGACAGAGAGCCCUGGCAACUGAUACUGUAUGCUGGGUAACUAUCGGAUUGAAGCCAAAGGAGCAAUACAAUUUAUGCUUGUUGAUAAAAGUAAACAAAACUCUGUUACAAACAUACAUCAGAAGUAGUUUGAUAAAUAAUUAUUAAAUAAAAAAUUUAAAUCGAAAGAAGCAACUUAAAGGAGCACACUUUAUAAUAAAACAAAUAAUAAUAUUUAUAUGUGCAAUAACGAAUGUUUAGAUCCGACUCAAUAAAACAAUGUUUAAAGCAUAAAGUACAAAGAUUCUUAACUGCAUCUUAAUUUAAACUUUGAACAUUGCUGGCUGUGUGUGAAGAAUCAUGUGCAUGGAACGGCGGGGACUGUUUAGUUUAUCAGGAUCCCCGUUAGCUAGUGCAGCAGCUACUCUUCCUGGGGUCCACAUAAAACAUACAAAUACAUUACAAAGUACAGAACAGUAAUAGACAAGAACAACAUAAGAUUUGACGUAAAAUGUUUUUAAAAAAAAGUUAUAUAUAGGAAAGACACCAAGAGACAACAAAUAUACUAUUUAAACACUAUUCAUAUACAGUGAAUUCGGAAAGUAUUCAGACCCCUUGACAUUUUCCACAUUUUGUUAGGUUACAGCGUUAUUCAAAAAUUAAUUAAAUUGUUUUUUUCCCUCAUCAAUCUACACACAAUACCCUAUAAUGACAAAGCAAAAACAGGUUUUUAGAAAUGUUAGCUAAUUUAUAAAAAUACAAAAACAGAAAUAUCACAUUUACAUAAGUAUUCAGACCCUUUACUCAGUACUUUGCUGAAGCAUCUUUGGCAGUGAUUACAGCCUCGGGUUUUCUUGGGUAUGACGCUACAAGCUUGGCACACCUGUAUUUGGGGGGUUUCUCCCAUUCUUCUCUGCAGAUCCUCUCAAGCUCUGUCAGGUUGGAUGGGGAGCGUUGCUGCACAGCUAUUUUGAGGUCUCUCCAGAGAUGUUCAAGUCCGGGCUCUGGCUGGGCCACUCAAGGGCAUUCAGAGACUUGUCCCGAUGCCACUCCUGCGUUUUCUUGGCUGUGUGCUUAGGGUCGUUGUCCUGUUGGAAGGUGAACCUUCGCCCCAGUCUGAGGUCCUGAGCACUCUGGAGCAGGUUUUCAUCAAGGAUCUCUCUGUACUUUGCUCCGUUCAUCUUUCCCUCGAUCCUGACUAGUCUCCCAGUCCCUGCCGCUGAAAAACAUCCCAACAGCAUGAUGCUGCCCCCACCAUGCUUCACCGUAGGGAUGGUGCCAGGUUUCCUCCAGACGUGACGCUUGGCAUUAAGGCCAAAGAGUUUAAUCUUGGUUUCAUCAGACCAGAGAAUCUUGUUUCUCAUGGUCUGAGAAUCUUUAGGUGCCAUUUUGCAAACUCCAAGCGGGCUGUCAUGUGCCUUUUACUGAGGAGUGGCUUCCAUCUGGCCACUCUACCAUAAAGGCCUGAUUGGUGGAGUGCUGCAGAUAUGGUUGUCCUUCUGGAAGGUUCUCCCAUCUCCACAGAGGAACUCUGGAGCUCUGUCAGAAUGACCAUCGGGUUCUUGGUCACCUCCCUGACCAAGGCCCUUCUCCCCCGAUUGCUCAGUUUGGCCGGGCGGCCAGCUCUAGGAAGAGUCUUGGUGGUUCCAAACUCCUUCCAUUUAAGAAUGAUGGAGGCCACUGUGUUCUUGGGGACCUUCAAUGCUGCAGAAAUGUUUUGGUACCCUUCCCGAGAUCUGUCCUCGACACAAUCCUGUCUCUGAGCUCUACGGCCAAUUCCUUCGACCUCAUAGCUUGGUUUUUGCUCUGACAUGCACUGUCAACUGUGGGACCUUAUAUAGACAGGUGUGUGCCUUUCCAAAUCAUGUCCAAUCAAUUGAAUUUACCACAGGUGGACUCCAAUCAAGUUGUAGAAACAUCUCAAGGAUGAUCAAUGGAAACAGGAUUUACCUGAGCUCAAUUUCGAGUCUCAUAACAAAGGAUCUGAAUAAUUAUGUAAAUAAGGUAUUUCAGUUUUUUUUUUUUAUUGCAAAAAUUUAUAAAAACCUGUAGGCUUUGUUUAUUUAUUAUUAUGGGGUAUUGUGUGUAGAUUGCUGAGGAUUUUAUUUAAUCCAUUUUAGAAUAAGGCUGUAACGUAACAAAAUGUGUAAAAAGUCAAGGGGUCUGAAUACUUUCCGAAGGCACUGUGUCUGAUUGGGACACACACACCCACAUAUAUUUUUUAUGUAUUGUUUGUAUUAUUUUUUGUUGUUGUAUUGUUUGUAUAUUGUUGUGUUUUGAAUUUGUAUGACUUUCCUUGUCUAUCUGUGUUUGUUACUAAAUAAACAAAUAGAAAUGUUGAAUCAGUCAUAAUCUGCCCUCGGUAUGGAGUGUAAUAUCACAAGCAGAGACGUUUUUCACUCCUUCUCCCUCCCUUGUGAACUCAACUGUGAAAUUCCUGUCUGGUUACAGAAUGUGAUUAAUUUUUGCAUGGCCCCUUGGGGUGAGAAGGGGAGCCUUGAUGUGGUAUGAGGCAUUGUGUCAAGAGGUGUGUGACACGUGUCAGAGGACAGAUGUCUGACCCCAGAGUGGGCAGCAGUCAAGCCCUCUGUGUGACAGCAGUAGCCACUAGCCAGGGGGUUUGAUUUAAGGAUAAAGGGUCGUACAGUAUUUCCCGACCCUGUCUGCGUCUUUAGGCCCUUCCAGGAGCCUCGGAGCCAGGGGACAGCGGCUGAUGAUCCCUGCUCAGCCAUCUUGCCUAAAUAUUUUUCUAGCGCCGCAAGCAGCUGAGUGGAUACAGAGAUUGAAUUAUCCUUAAUUUCUCAGGGAUCUGGUUACGACUCCCUCAGCUCCUUCAGACACUGGUGGCCCCUCGCACGUCCCUCCUCACCUCCCUUUCCUCUUCAAUCUGAACUUAGGGCACACACACGUGCACACACUCCUUGGAGCGUGGGCUGGUGGCAGGCACACGGCCUGUCUGGGGAUCAAAAUGGAGGAAACCCAAACCUGUGCUGCGUGUAUGACUGGCACCAGAGCUCUGACCGAGGCGCGAGCAGGGGAGGAUGGGAGGGGGGAUAAAGUUUCAUGGCCAGGGUUAAAUUUAGAUCCCCCUGGUUUUAACACGGAGAGACUCGUGUGAAGUACCCCCCCAGAGUAGCACCGGGGAGCUUGCAGGCCCUGAGGGCCAGCCUAGGGAAGAAAACAGCACCUGUCCCCCCAUGAUUAGAUGGCAAAUUAGAAGCUCUUAAAUAAUACUGCUCCAAACAAAGGACAUUGUGUUUAACAGUUGGUGGUCCAGUCAUUAUUUCCGUGAUUAUCAUGGUGAUACAUAAGCUGGUGACAAGACCCUGGUCCAAGGCCUGGAUACAUACGAUAUCACCAACCAGCAUUCUAUGAAUGACAAGUUGACAACUUACAGUAUAUUGUAUAUAAUGUUACACAGUUGUCAUUGUUUAUAUUUUGACAAUGUUUAUACUGUACUGAAUCUUUUGUUAUCUUUGUCAAUAAUCAAGCAGCUGGGGACUUUGUCCAGAUUAGUUCAGGACUUUUUAUCCUGAUUCCCAGUCUUCCAGGAUGCAGUCUGUUGCCUUCAUGGUUCCAGUCUUAGCAGAGCUGGGGGGAACUUAUUACAAACAUACAGAGCCCACCACAGAGACAGGGAAUGGGGCUGACCAGACAGGCUUCCCUGGCAAACAGUGGCUGGGGCUGGGUCACUCUGGCUUGCUGCAGGGCCAGCAGAAGGAAUGAGAGGCAGGCGGCUGUCGAUGCCAGGAGGCUGACUUGUCUCAUCAGUCUAUCCACACUCUGCAGUGAUCAGACGGCUGUCUGUUUGUGCACCCUGGCCUGCUCAUUCCCUCCCUAUGGACAUGUGCAUGAUGUGUGCCUUUGAUGCAUGCCCAUCCUGCAUACUCCUCCUCUCUGUCCCUCUCACUCUCUUCUCACUCAUUGUGAUGCUCACUGUGGCCCAACUCUUCCAUCCCCUUAAAUUCUCAAUCUGUCUUUCCUCCUGCCAGAUAUAACACAGUUCACAAAGCGCUUCAAGAGGCUUUGAAGUUUACUCUAAUAAAAGGGAAAUAAAAGGGCCUCCAUGUAGCUUUAACACUAGGGAGGAUGAGAAAUCAGAGAGCUCUCUGCUCUUCAGCAAAUAACAGAAAAAUGCUCCCAUUCAAACCUGAAGCACUGGCAGCAUGGGGUAAAUGGCAUCUGAAGGAUUGUUGAUGGUGUAUACUGACAUCCUCCAUGCUAUUUCAGGACACUGUACAGGCCAGGCAAAUGGCUGGAUCAGGGAUCAAUUCAACUUGAAUUGCUUUGCUUUGCGUACACAGUAGCAUUUAAACCAAUUUAUUUCCUAUGGUCAUAUAAAAUUGCUAAAUGUUCCUAGAUAUACAUGCAUAUGUACAGGCAGGUUUAAUUAAAUUCAGCCCCAAGUCAUAUAAGGUGACACAUCUCUUAAUGCUUGUUGUUAAAUUGAAUGAAACAUGCUUUUAAAAGAGCACAGUUUCAUUUUUGCAUGCCAAAAACAUAAAUAAGGUCUCUGAAAACAUAACAGCUUACUGCAGUAUUCCCAUUGUCAGUGAGAAUACUUGUUUUAAUAGCUUCCCUGUUUAGAAUACAUUAGCAAAUAUUGGGCUUUCCCAGCUGUCCGCGUUUAAGAGAUUACGGUUACUGUUGUUGUUUUUCUGAACUGCUUCACCAUUCUCAGAUAACAGUUACUACUUCUCAGCUGUUCCCGUGAUGGCGACGGGAAAGCCAAGAAUUUCAUUGUUCAAGGUCCGCUAUGUUCCCACGGACACAGGGCUUUUUGCAGCCCACUGUCGUGUUGUUCAUGGAAAAUGCCUGCAAUUCCACAUCAAGCCAAUGAGUGUCUGCAUUGUAUGCAUACGCAACUGCAGGAUAACUCAAUUGUCUUAUGGUACAGAUUAUAAUUGCCAAAGCUACACUAUUCUAAAUGUUGAGAUGUGAAGACGCAACAAAAGUAUGAAAUAUAGUCUGAUUAGCUGAGAAACUAAAGCUAACAGCACAGGCUGUACGAGAAAAUGUCCUACUGUAUAUUAAAGACAUAAUUUGUAGAAGUUACUGCUUGGGAAGAAAUAGAAUAUAGUCUGUAAGAACACUGCUCUAAAAAUCCCUCCAAGUCCACCUCUCUAUAGUGAGAGGGUUAGGAUUUGUACUGUACUACAGUGUGGAAGGCGAGACAAGGAGUGUUUGUGAAUUCCAGUGGGGUUUGGGCAGAGUUUGUGCGGGCGGAGACAUGACUGUACAGCAUUCCUCUCCUCCCACCGCACACGCUCCCCUCGUGCUGCUUACUGCUACCACACGCACCCCCUACAACCUACCUGGCAACCCCCCAUUAUUUACUAAAGCCAAGUACAGACAGUACAUAGGUAUGCCUAAGGCCAGCCAAAUCCACUAGUAAUAACUGAGGACAAUAACAGAUUAAUCACAUAUCCCUUUAGUAGUAGUUCAAAUGCUUGCCAGUUUACAGGGAUGUUUAAUAACUCAGCAAUGCAGCUGUAGUUACCUUUCUGAAACCAAUAGCAUAUAAUUAAUAGUCAGAUACAUUCAGAUACAAUCAUAUGAAACCCCAAGUGAAAUCAAACUUUGUGAGUCAUGUGGGCUUCAUCUAACCUAGUCCCCACUCCACAGAUAUCUGGCUGGUGGACGAGACUGGCUUUGACUAACAUUUCUUCACUAUUGUUUCAUCAUAACAAAUGAGUCGCCCUAUAAGGCAGAUCCUCAGAUGCCUGUCUGUCUGUCUGAGCAGCAGCUCAAAGUUCCCCAGCAGUUGCACUGAGGAGUCAUCUCACAGGCUCCGUGGAAGACAAGCUCUUGUAAAUAAACACCACACACGGAUGACCGACUGCCUAGGGUUAGAGGUAGUAGUACCAUUAGCAUCCCAUUGAGCCCUGAAAUCCCUCAUGUAGCACUCAAACAGUGGUCAUUCAGAUACACUUAUUCUGACUUUACAAUUAUCGAACCACCAGUGUAUUUUUCAGCAACUGUUGUGUUAGAAAUGGUUGUGGUAGAAAAUGUAUGCACACACGACUGUAAAUCGCUUUGGAUAAAAGCGCCUGCUAAACGGCAUAUAUUAUAUUAGGAAUAAACUCCCUGAAUUCAACUGAGUUUUAUAGAGCAUAAAAUGUAUUUAUUAUCAGCUGCUGCUGGAGGAAUAGAGUUGUGGAGUACAUGCUUACAAACAGCAGAAAUAUCACAGAUACGGCAAAUGAAUCUGUUUCAUGGAUAAUAGCCGUAUCUAAUCAAUGACAAGUAUUAAGUCUGAACGUCAGGGAAUUUCUGGUACAUCUGGGAUCUUUCUCUGAAAUGAGAGUUUCCUUUCUCUUACAGCUCUAAACUGCACGUGUAAUGUGACCAAUAGUCGGUGUGAUGAAAAUGCAGUGUGCAGGUAAGGAGAAACUUGAUGGAAGAUGCAUCCAUCUUUAACAUGUCUAAGAUAUGAUAUAUUUGAAUGUGUUGACUAUGUCAAGCAUAUAUGACAAACCUAUAAAGCCAUCAUCCAGGCCCACGAUAUUCUGGUGUCAAGUAUGUCCUUGUCACUCUUUAGAGCUAGUCACACUCACAAAAUGUAUGGAGUGUUUCUACAAAAGGACAUUCUAUGAAUGUUCAUAUGUAUUUGCCUCACAGAUACUCUACAGAGCAGGGCAUUGCAAAGGUUAUUUUGUUAAGUAUGGGCGCCCUCCUGUGUCCAUUGCGGAGGGUAAGAGUGGCCAUGCAAUUUUUUAAUAUGCCACUGUAUAUAACUGUAUAUCAGUGGAGGCUGCUGAGGGGAGGACGGCUCAUAAUAAUGGCUGGAAUGGAGCAAAUGGAAUGGCAUCAAACCAUGUGUUUAAUGUAUUUGAUACCAUUCCACUGAUUCCGCUCCAGCCAUUACCACGAGUCCAUCCUCCCAAUUAAGGUGCCACCAACCUCAUGUGCUGUACAUCUCCCUCAUGAGGCUGUGUUGGCUAUAGAGAUGAGAGCUGAUCUAACUGGCUGUGCUGUAUUGCAGGUGUGACCCGGGUUGGGAGGGGCAGCAGUGCGACGUAUGUGUGAGAAUGCCAGGCUGUGUCCAUGGAUCAUGUCAUCAACCCUGGCAAUGCACCUGCGAGCCUGGAUGGACGGGACGCUUCUGCAACAAAGGUGACAGAAAAUAUUUGUAUGUAUCAGCCCAUCAUAAUUGUAUUUGUUCAGUGAGUGGUAGCGCAGUACUUAUUCACCGCUUCUCUCCUUUGCUUCAGAUAUCCAUGUGUGUACAAAUGAGGCACCUUGUCAGAACGGUGCCACUUGUUAUGCCAACGUUUCAGGGGAGUACUCCUGCCUCUGCCCUGAGGGAUUUCACGGGAGGAACUGUGAGCACAAGACAGGGCCCUGUCAUAAGACCGGCAGGUGAGUUCAAUUAGCAACACACUCGAAAACAAACUAUGGAACAAGUUUGUCUCAGGCCUACUGCUUCUGCCUUAAUCAAAACAAAUCACAAAUUCAACUCCAACCAGUGACUCAACAUAAAGGAUUGAGUGGUCAUUUUAGGCUUUCAAACGGGAAACUAGCUACAGUAUUAGUGUGUGUAAAUGACAAUAAAUCAGUUGUUCUCUCAGAGCCUGUUCGAUGUCUGUGUUUCAGUGUGUGUGUGUGUGUUUUGACUGUGUGGUGUCCCAGCUGGUCCCCUGAUGGCAGUCAAACACAUGCAGACUGGCGCGGGCCACGUAGCAGCCUGGUCAAUUUGUAUCCACUGGAGAGCAAUCAUGUGAUUUAAUGGGCUCAUUAUCGGCCAAGUGAGUGGCCUCUAGUGCUAACAGACACACUGAAGCCAGGCAUCUACACUACAGCCCCCAUGGAGUUCCCAAAUCACUAGCUAAACGGUUACCAGGGAAACCAUGCAGGCCAAGGCACAGGCUCUGGGUUAGAUUAGUCUUAAAGUGCCAAAUCAAUGCCUGAUUGAAUGUAAUCAGUGAUCAUCACAGAGUAAGCGCCACACAUUUACUUACAAAUCAGUUGGCUGUCCAGGCCCAUAUGAACAGGCUUGGGUUAAGUAAUCAAUUCAGCAUUGAACAUCUAUUCAGUUAUUAUGAACAUUUCCCUCAGGGUUUUUAGUGCUUAUGUUGUCUUUAUCUUUCAGGUCUCCAUGUAAGAAUGGCGGGCAGUGUGAGGACAGUGGCGGCUAUGCCCCAGAGCUCUCCUGCCGCUGCCUGGCAGGCUUCACCGGGCCGCGUUGUGAGAACAACAUGGACGACUGCCUGAUGCGCCCCUGUGCCAACGGUGCCACCUGCCUGGAUGGCAUCAACCGCUUCUCCUGCCUCUGUCCCGAGGGCUUCACGGGCCGAUUCUGCACCAUCAACCUGGACGACUGUGCCAGCCAGCCCUGCUUCAAUGGAGGGCGCUGCCUGGACCGCGCCAGCACCUUCCACUGCCUCUGCAAGCCUGGAUUCACUGGCAGGACCUGCGAGGUGCCCUUACAGAGCCCAGAGAGCCAAGCGCCCAUCAGAAGCUCCCAUGGCUGGGCUGGGGGAGGUGGGGGCUGGGGAAGGGUGACUCAGGCCAGGCCAGACAAGGACACCACGAGGGGGAACUCUCAGGGCAACAGUAACAAUAGUAGUGGAGACAGGCUGCUGAAGAUCUCUGUGAAGGAGGUGGUGACCCAGCGGGGGUCAUCUGGCCUGUCAGAGGUGCAGCUCAACACCCUGCUGGUGCUGGGGGGCAUGACGCUGGCCGUGGUGGCGCUCACAGCUGGCCUGGUGCUGAAGGGGCAUUGGCAGGACCGCUGUGCAAGCUGCCGGUGCGGCCCCACCCCCCGCCUGCACCCGCUGAGACACAGAGACUGCCAGCCACCCCCGCAGAGCCACCUAGUCACCGUGGAGCAGGAGUGUAAGAUCAGCUUCAUGCACACGCCCACGGCCCCAGAACUGGAGAAGAAGAAACUGAACACUGAGGUGAUUUAG